GACUGCCCUGCAGGGGCGAAAAGGAGUAAUAAUUAGCAGCUUCUUGGUCUGGCUGAGCGCGCGGAGGGGCACUGCCAGGCGCCAAGCCCAGCCUGCCCGCCCCUCCUCCGGCGCUUGGCUGCAACCUCCGGCACAGGUGAGCCGGCGCUGACUUUCCGACAGUCAGUCUGUGACUAAGCAGGGCAACAAACUGUCUCCGGUGCAAGUUCAGCCCAACAACUAAGGUAAAAAGGAUCUUUCUGCUCACAUGUGAAUAACAGGUGAAAAUGAAGGAUAUCCUCAGAUGAUCUCAAAAAGGGGGGAAAGAUGGCUAUGAUGCCUCACCAGGGCUCUUCUUGGAUCUUCGUCAAUGAGAGGACAUUCAUUACCAGGGAACAGCUUAAUUCUUUAUUGGAGACCUAUAACAUUUUUUAUGAGAACCAGAAAAAUCUGCAUAUUUUGUAUGGACAGACUGAAGAUGGUAAACUAAUUGUUGAAGGAAUGCUGGACAUUUUCUGGGGAGUGAAACGGCCUAUACAGCUGAAAAUACAAGAUGAGAAGCAAAUCCCUUCUUUUACUGCGUCGAAGUCACCAGAUGUCUUUUCCAAAAGGGGAAUGACACGCUGGGGGGAAUUUGAUGAUCUUUAUCAUAUUAGUGAGCUGGACAGGACCCAGAUUCCAGUGCCUGAAGCAACGAAUUCCCAGGAAGAUUAUUUAUCUUAUCACAGCAGCACUCUGAAGCCUCGUGCAGGUAAAGAGCCAGAAUCCCCACUGCUCUAUAGAACCAUGAGUGAAGCAAACCUGGUGAGAAAAAGGAUGAAGCCUCCAAUGAUGGACAGAAAAGACAGACAAAACCAUAGGGCCUCUAUUAAUGGGCACUUUUAUAACCAUGAAACAUCAAUUUUCACUCCAGCUUUUGGAUCAGAAACUAAGGUCAGAAUAAACAGUAAUAUGCGAACUGAAGAAGUAAUAAAGCAACUUCUCAAAAAAUUUAAGAUUGAAAACAGUGCCCAGGAUUUUGCACUUUACAUAAUUUUUGCAACAGGAGAGCAGAAACGGCUAAAGAAGACAGACAUUCCGCUACUGCAUAGGCUCCUACAGGGACCUUCCUCAAAGAAUGCUCGCAUUUUCCUCAUGGAUAAAGAUGCAGAAGAAAUUAGCAGAGAUGUGGCUCAGUACAUUAACUUCCAUUUUUCUCUCCUGGAAUCCAUCCUUCAAAGAUUAAAUGAAGAAGAGAAAAGAGAGAUUCAAAGAACGGUAACGAAAUUCAAAACAGAAAAGGCUAUUAUACUGAAAUGUCUUCAAAGUAAACGGGUAGUGAAAACAGAGACGACAGUUUAGCGAUGCAGGCUGCUAUUGCUAAAACACUUUAACAAAAUUAGAGAGAUGUUACUAUUUGAUGAGUGCAUAAAUUCUAUACUUGCACUCAUACAAAUAUAUAUGAACUUGAAUCCAUAGAAAUUGAAUGUCAAAGAAGCUUGUCUCUCUUUGAAGUGAUGAGGUUAACUAGAGUUCACAGUUGGACUGAAAUGAGCUUGAAUUUAUUUCAGUAACUGAAAUAAGCAUGGAUACUGUGUAUUCCAAAUAGUUUUUAUAGUAAAACUCAAUGAACUUGAAUUUAAAUGGCACCUUCAGAUAUCAUGCAAUUUAAACUUCUUUAGCUUGAACUCUCAAAAGAACUGAAAUUCAGUUUCAGUUCAGAAAUAAAAACUGUCAGCCCUUGAAACAAAAUGAAGCACAUUCUUCCUCCACCAAGGCAUCUUGUGGUGACAGUGUUUCACAGUGCCUUGAAGACUCUAGCAUUUUCAUAAAAUCCAGGGCUGUCUUUAAAUGGGUGGAUGACUUUUGGCUAUCUGUAACAUCAGAGCUAUCUGCCCUUUAGGAAGGAAAAGAUUGUGGACUCUUCUAAGAAAUCCAAAUUGUAAUUGUCUCAGCCUGACCCUUCUUUUUUCAUCUGUUCGACUGAUGACUUUCAAAAGUGUUAAGGUUUUUUUUUUAAAGGCAGUCGAACUAAUUUUCUUUAUUGUUCUAAAUAAAUAUAGCACAGAGACUUAAUAUAUUUCAUCAACUAGGCCAAGACUUGGCACACAGUAACCAUUGUUGCUGAAUCAAUGCAAUGGAUAAGGCAAAGCAGGUGUCACUAAUGCCAGGCAGGGAAUCGGAGCUCUGCCCUUUUUCUCUAGGACAACUUCUUCUACACGAUGAUGCCCGAGUACUUACAAGUCUGCUAAACUGAUUUGGAAAAAAUACACUGAAAAUGCCACAAGUAUCAUUUGUGAUUUUAUUUAUGAACUCUAUAUUAGAAUAGAGUUUUAUGCAAUAUUCUUCCACUUGCUAAACUACUUCCAUUUGCAUUCCUCAUAAGCACUGUACUGUUUGAUUACAUUACAUGUUACAUGUGUUAAGGGAUAAGGUUGUACGUAAUAAACCCAGUUGGAAGAUUAAUUAUCAAAAUAAUGAAACAUUUUUAAGAUAAAGGUAUUACUUCUCAGGUCACCAGAACCUAACCUGGAUGAAAGUAAAAGUGUGCCAUGACCUUUUCAGUACUAGGAAAUUUCUUUUAUUGAGAAAAAAAGAAGCUUGCUUCUUUAUCUUUUCACCUAUCAAUUAAUAAGAAAAAAAUCUCGUCUCACUAAAAUAAGGCAAAUGUAAUAGUUAAAAUUCAAUAUACUUAUAAAAAACAAAGUAAUAUCAAGUACCCACCAUAAACAUGACAAAAGAUUCAUCUUUAAUAUAUUGAAAGUCUACAAAAUGCAUGAGAAAAAUACCAAGUCUUGGAUAGGAAAAAAAAAAGGCAGAUGGCACAAGAAGUAAAAUCAUGGAAGAGGAAAUGCAAAUGGUUGCUAAGUAUGUGGGAAAGUUGUCUUUUAAGACUGAUCAACUGUAUUAGUCUAUGGCCAAUCAGGAGACAGAAACCACACAGUAAUUUAAACAGGGAAAGUUCAAUAUAGGGAUUCAUUAAGCUGUGAUGAUAAGAGAGUAACUAUAAAGAUGGACAGAGAACUCAAAAGGGUACCCUAACGCUGAGGAAGAAUACCCUAAAAAGGAAAAGCUUGGAAGGAGGAGCUCAGAGUUCACUGGAGAAGGUAUGGUUGCUGUGGAGAGAGGCGAAGUUCACUGGUUGCCCAGGCCAGAGCAGGGGCACAGCCGUAGGGCAAGCAGGAACAACCCCUGGGGUGUGGACCAGCUGAGGCAGGUGGGCAGGUGUGCAAAGGGACUUGGGGCUUCUCUGCAGGCACAAGGCCCAGAUCACAUAGUGUCUAUGUCUGGAGGUCCACAGGAAACAAAGUUUGGGGGCCCAGGUAAGCUGAGGCUGAAGGGUGGGCAGGAAGACAGGGCCGGGGGUGUAGCUGCAGGUGCUGCUAGGACUGGGACUGAAGGGGCCUGCUUUGCAGGAACCUGGUACAACUCUAUGUAUGACUUGGGCUGUGGCAUCUUCUAGGCUGCAUGAGACAAAGGUUGGGCAAGUGGCUCACUAGGUGGCCAGCUCCACAGGGCCCUCUCUGGGAGCAUGCACCAAGUUGAGAAGAUGUGCAGAGCAAUAAUUUGAGCUAGGACACAGGCCUGCACUGGAGUUCCAGGCUCUGCCACCACGAAACCAAUCAAAAGCUGGAAAAGAAGUUGGGGGAACAAAUGCUAGAGAAAGCCGCACCCUAUAGCAACUAGCACUGAAGAAACCACUCUGGGCAUAGCAGUGGAGGAAAAAGUCAGCUUCCCAGGAGCUUGGCCAGCCAGCCCCUAGGAAGCAGGAAAGAGCAACUUCCUCCUACCAUGUUUCUUCAGCGCCCUCUACUGACAAAGCAUGACAUCAUGUAGGCUGCAAAGGAAACUUGUUUAAAGGCUCUGUAUCCAUUUUCACAGAGCCAGAGCAAAGAGUGAAUUUGCAGCAGAGAGGCAAUAAAAUAAUAUCUAGCAUGUCAACAAAACACACUUUGCUAUUAAAUUAGCAAAGUUUAAGUGAUAAUACUGGAUACUAAACAAAUUACAGUGUGAUGGGCACUCAAACUACUGGUAGAAAUAGAAAUGGAUAUAACUUUUCUCAAAAGCAAUUUAGUAGAAAGUUCAUCCUAUAAUUCUACUUGUAGGAUCCUAUCUGGGAAUAAUCAGAAAUACAAAGACACCAUGCAAAGAUUAUUAUUAUUUAUUGUGAUAAAAGGAAGUAAAUAGCCUAACUGUUUAAGAAUAGAAAAAGAGAUUAAAGAAGGAAAGAAACAUUCACCCACAAAAUGUUAGGAAGCUCUUAGAGUUGUUUCCCAAUAAAUUUUAAUUAUGGGAGUAAAUUCUCCUUAUUUAUCUAAAUAAGAAUAUACAUACAAAUAUUCAAAAAUAUUUAUUAUCCGUAGGAUAUAUGUGUUGAUAUAUAUAUAUUAUUUGUACAUAUACACUACAAACCAAAAAUAACAUGUUAAAUGUGAUUAGGUAUGGAUUACAGAAUUAUGGGUGAUUAUUUUUCUAUACUUAUUAAAUAUUAUGGGUGAUUAUUUUUCUAUACUUAUGAAAUAUUUUAUAAUGAACAUGUGUUACUUUUUAAACCAGGAAAUAGAAAAGUUAUGAUUCAAAAGUUACCAACAAAAAAAGUAGCAAGUACAUGCAAGCACAGAGUUCUACCAGAUCAAAAAAGUUCAAAUAAACUAUUUAAAUGAGAUAUUAACAUCACUACAGUGGUAGUUUUAAAAUCUAUCCGUAAAGUCUUUGAUACUCCUCCUUUCAGGAGGUGGAGCCUAGUCCUCCUCACCUUGGACAAGAGCUGGACUUAAUGACUUAACUUCUAAGGAAGAGAGAAAGACAGAAGUGACAGGGUGUGACUUUGGAGACCAGGUCAUAAAGGUCACUGUGGCAUCUUCCUUGCUUGCUCUCUUGGAUUGCUUGCUCUGGGAGAAGCCAACUGCCAUGUCCGGAGCAGCCCUGCAGAAAGGCCUACAUGACAGGAAUGGAAACCUUCUGCUAAAAGCCAGCAAGGAGUUGAGGCCUCCUGUCCACUGCUAUGCGAGUGGGCCACCUGCUAGCCUCAGGCAAGCCUUCAGAUGACAGCAGCCCUAUCUAUUAUCUUGACUACAACCUCAUAGAGACCCUGAGCCACAAAACCCAACUCAACCUCUCCUGGAUUCCUGAUCCUCAGAAACUCUGUGAGAUAAAAAAUGUUUGUUGUACUAUGCUGCUAAAUUUUAGGAUAAUUUGUCACAUAGCAAUACAUGACUAAUGUAAUUUCUGAGACAAAAGUCUUUUCACUUCAGAGUCAUCAUUGCAUAAACAAGAAUAUCAACUUUUAUGACAAAACCAUUCAUCCUUGUUUUAGGUGGUCCAAAUAUUUCACUACUAGUUAUAUAUGAGUUCAAAUUCAAUUCUGGAUAAUACGGUUUACUUACUAAUGGUAGAGGACCUGUCACAUUCAUCUUUGUAAUAUUUUGCUGUACUUAAUAUUGCAUCUUGUGUAUAGGAUGUUCUCAAUAAAAAUUGAUUGAAUAAA